AUGUUGGGUAACUACAACAUCAGCACGGCCAAAGAAAACUUCCUCAAGGCCAAACCUCGAAAACUGCUAUUUCCAGUCAUCUAUCUCACCAUCUUCAUUUUAUUCGUGCGAACUGCAAUCGAGCACUCGAGAAAUGAUGGAAAUCCAUGGAGCGUCAGCUUCGCGGCCGAUAACUCAACUCAUGUAGCUCACACUGAUAUCACAUCCACGCCUUUAUCAGAAGAUCUCGGUGCAAAGCCGCAGCCCCCAACAGCAAAUAUAACAACCAGCAACAAAGUAGCCGUUAUAAUCGAAACCCGACGCUCCGGCAACAUCAUUCCUCUGAUUCUCCAUUUCAGAGCCGUGCUAGGACCAACCUGGCCCCUCAUCAUCUACACAUCCGCGGAGAACUUCGGAUCCUUCUCCACCUCUGCCGCGCUCCUUCGACACCAGCACUCGAGCCGUAUCAUCGUGCGUUCUCUUGCUCCCGGAACCUGGUUCUACAAUUGGGAUUCUGUAUCUGCGUUUCUGACUACGCGCUGGUUGUGGGAGGAUUUGGCGCCGGCGGAACAUAUCUUGCUGUUUCAGUCGGAUAGCAUGUUGUGUGCGAAUGCGGCGAGGAGUGUAGAUGAUUUUAUGGAAUAUGAUUUGAUUGGUGCGCCUAUUGAACCAAAGUUUGGGCAGGGGUAUAAUGGGGGUUUGAGUAUGAGGAGUAGGAAGACUAUCUUGAGGGUGUUGGAUGAGUGGAAGUAUAGUGAUAAUCCGCAUCCGGCGGAGGAUCAGUGGUUUUAUGCUAGGUUCAAAGAUUUACAAGAUCGAGAGAUUGAGGAGGGUGUUGAGGAUGGAGUUAAUCUGCCGAGUAUGGAGAUUGCAAGAACAUUUGCAGUGGAGACGAUUGAUCAUCCUCAUCCUUUAGGUCUUCAUCAACCUACAAGAUACAUUCAGCAACACAUGAUGAGCUUGGAUGAAUGGUGUCCAGAAUAUAAAUUGGCUACCACAGAUCGGAUAUCUUGAAUUGACUUGAUGGAAGGGAGCUGAUGACUGUAAUACUAAAUGGGACGGAAUGGAAUGGGUGAUAGAUACUUCUUGAUAUUUUGGGUUUAUAUGAAGAUGAAGAAUUGUAUUGUGUAGGAUGGACGGAUAUAAAUUGCAAGUACUAUUUCAAAGUGACAGGAAUUUAUUCAUAGGUCUGUAUUCCGGUGUCGUAUAAUGAAUUUAGCUUACAGUAGAGAAUUUGAUGGAUGGAUAUAGCAUUUUUUACGAACUACUAUUUUCUUUUAGGGCCAGAUAGGCUCAUCAGUCGAGCAUCAGUGUCUCCUUCCAUUUGAGCUACCAGAUAUAUCUCUAUACAAAAUGAUCCUUCAUUCUCCGUGUUUAAACUCCCCAGAAACCCACGCAUAAUUUUGUAAAUGCUCCUGUCAUGAAAACUCAUUGUACUCACUCACAAAAGGGCUUGCCUACGCCCAAGCACCCUUCACCAAACAAAACAUAACCAAAUCUCUCGUCAUUUCCCCCUCGCCCUGCCCUCUCCGAUGUACGGCCAGAAACAACGCUAAAUAGAAAGGUUUUAAUACCCCAUCCCCUCCUACUAACUACACUUGUAGAAUCUUAAUCAUUUCAAUUCCAUCAUUCAGAAGCUAGACAAAGCCUAUUCCGCAUAGAAAGUGCAGGAAUCCGAGUCUAAAAGACGGUCGGUACUUGAACCAAGAUGGAUAGUGUGGUAUGUGAGUAUUUCCAUAUACACCUUUGAUUAGAAAUACGACCAUAAGACGUGCUAGGUGAUAACUAUAGGUCCCAGAAUUUUUGAAAAGGAUGAGAUUCUCGGCAAUCGUAAUCAAAAAGCAUCCAUUUCUCUUCUGAGUAAUUCAACAUUCUUGAUUCGAGUACUUGCCGAGUAGCCCCUCAACAAAGACCAAGAAGUAUAUAAGUAAUCGGGCCACGAUUGUUGAACAUCUUGUUAAGAGAGACACCAUAGAACGUUCCCUGAGAACCCUUCUCUGGUACAUAAAUAAGCCCUUAAUUUCAUGGCUACCAAAUCUCUGAUAUGCUGUUUGAUAUAUUCCAGUUCCUCGUUGAAAUAUAUGUAUAAAUUUGACACUUGCUUGCCCCCAACCCUCUUUCUAAUGUGAGCAGGAAACCUGUCAGACCAAAGCACCCGGAUUCGAGGACUGUUGAUUAGUGUCAUCUUGGUUUCAAAAAAGGACAAUAUAUUUGCUUCUUCCUAUAUGUGGCCGACAGAAGCUCUUCAUUGUAUGCACUUAAAGCUGGCUGAGAAGUUCAAAAGAGAGGGGAUGGAGAGAGAAAGGAAGCUCUUAUUAAUGUGCCAUUUUCUCAUCCAGAUGAUGCCAUAGAAGGAAAAUAUCAGUCGCGCAUUCAACGAAUCAUCGUUUUCAAACAGAAUUCAGGAAUGGAAUUUGAAAUAAAUUCAAAUCAAUUUGUCCGAUACUCUGUAAAUCCCAUUAAGAAGACCGAACGAAAAGAGAACAACGACAUCAAUCUACAGUACCACAUUGACUUUCUCCGAGCUCAUCGGCUCUUCGGAUACUUUAUCUUCGAGCGAGAACGACUCCAAUUCGAACGCAUAGAGGCAUAGUGGAUGAGAUUCAUAGCUCAUCCGCACUUACACACUAGUUUUCUUCGCUCAUACACGUUACUGGAACGGUACUUACAUAAGUGACGAAACAAGAAAUUCAAUUCUUCUAAUCGCUGCUUAUCAUCUCGUAUCAUGAGCAAAUGACAACUUAGGAUUCCUCUCACGAGUGACCAUUGAUUGCACAGCCUCAGACCCUCCAGUGACAAAAUACCUAACAUGUACAUCAAUUCCCAGCAAACUGGCGGUUAGCGUAUGUGCGUGCGUUCAGACUCCCCUCGUCGACCGUCAUGUAUGAGAAACAAGAACACUAAUAGGUAUUUAUUGUCGACCUCUUUUCUUUGGCUUUUUGAAUACUCCCUCCUCAAUUUCCUGAGACAGCAAGACAUCAGGAGUAAUAUGCUCCGAUCCGAUACGAUUUGAUUGACUAUCAGUUUCAUUCAAAGACAUAACAUCGUAGCUUGUUUGCUCAAACCCUUGUGAAAGUCCCGAUUCCCCUAAUUCGGAUUGCUGUGAGACCUCAAAAUUUAAAUCAGAGGGUAAAUCAUCGAUAAUAGAACAAAUUCUCUUCAAAUGAAUCGGCAUCCAGAUAUCGUAGAUAUUCUUGGUGAACUUGUAUGCUACCCAUUUCUCUUUACCAUCCAAUUCUGUAAAACAAAAUUCACGAAUCGAAUGGCGAAAGAAGGUGGUUUUCUUUUCAUCAAUUACAGGAUAAUAACCAUAGAUCCUUACGAUUCGAUGAUCGUGUGAUAUUGAAAAUGCAAGUAUUUCUCGAUGAAGCUCUUUUUCUCGUUUUACAAGUCUAAAGAGUUCAACUAUCCCUCUUACUGCAAGUGUCAUACUAUGAGCAUUUUGUCGAUCAGCAAUAUCGAGAGCCGCAAUACCACACUUGACCUCGCAUGUAAAAAAUGGGAAGUACAUAUAGUAUGUACUCAUAAAGAAAGACAAUUCCAUAUAACCACCAAUAAACGGCUGGAUUUUUCUAAGCUGAUCUUCGGUGAAUGCAGUUCGCUUGAAUCCAACAGCAUAGUCGGGUUGCGGACGAGGCUUGGUUAGAGCGAUGGAAUUGUUCCAGCCUUCGUUGAUACUUUCGAUCAAGGGGUUUAAAUGCUUGGCACCACGUAUAGCUAGAGACUGAGCAGAAGGAACAAUCAGUCGAGCAAUAUCUUGAAUAACCUUGGCCUCGUUCCUGUCUUGUAUCAUUUCGCACGUCUCUUCAAAGAGAUCAUCCUGAAACAAUGAAUCCUCUGGAACUAUUUGCUCAGCUUCAAGGAGAGUCCGGCAAAUGGUCUUGCUUGUAUCCGCGAUACCCAAAUCCGAUUUAUGCAUAAAGCUACCCUUGGUCUCGAGUAGGAUUUUAUAUUGCGGGCUUUGAUACGGAGCACUUUUGACUUCCCUCGGCUUUUGAUCGCUAGGUGUAAUAAAGCUAGAUAUUGAAGAGCUAGCUUCGGAUUGCUUGUCACGAAGAGUCGAAGAAGAUUUCUUCCUUGCAAAUAGAUGAUUCAUAUUAUUCUCUGGUUCAAAGUAUUCUUUUGGCCAACAAAAAUUCUUUAUCCAAUAUUCAAGCGAGUCAAUCUUCUUCUUGUUAAUACCAAUCGCUAUAUUCUCGCAAAUUGUAUUCUCUAUGUGAGGUUGUGGAGUCGAUAACUGUAGUCGUUUUUCGAAAGGAAUGAUAGAAGAGGUAAUGGCCUCGUUCUGUGAUCGUUUUCGCUUUAAUUGAUGAUUCUCGAUUUGUGAAAACUUGAUAUGAGUUAGCUUUGUAAUACAUCAGAAUGAGAAUAAUAUACCUCUAUAUCAAAUGUAUUGUUGGUUAUUGAUAAUGUAUUGUUGGUUGGGGAAGGGAAUGGUUGCUUUGAUUCAGUAUUCCUAUCUUUGGAUAUAGAUUGUUCUUGGGGAAGUAACAUUUUUCCUAGACGUGCGCUCUUGCGAAAGGAUGAGAGGAUGACUACGGUCUUGAUGGUUGUUGCCCAGCCUUUUGUAGAUCUCGUUUUACUUUAUGUGUGAUCAUAUUGAUUGGUAGAUGGAUGGACAGGUAGAAGUUGAUAGACUUUUGUGAGGUGGUAUGGUAUUUGAGAAUCACAAGGGAAAGACCGCUGUGGAUAUCAAUUAACGCUAGGCC